UAAAAUCUCAAAUCUAAUUAAUCAGAGGUAUAAAAAUCUAAGUCGUCGCUGAAGUUCGGCUUAUCUGAACAAUACUGUUUCCGGCGCAGAUCAUACAUACCCCGCACUUUCGAGAUAUUCCUUCCUUGCAGGAAGAAUACCCACCUUUGAAGAUCCCAGCAGAAGGUUGUUGGAGCUUCCUGUAAAAUACCAAGCAUGGAGUCGAAACCUGGUGAUCUCGCGGGACUGGCAGAGUCUUCGACAAAAGCUACGAUUAACGAAUCAAGUACAGCUCCUGAAACGCCAGCCGGAGAUGCUGCUGCAGGAUGGGAGGAUGUUCCAGAUCCUGACGAGGAUGAUUUAGAUGAUUUAGAUGGUACAUGAUUAUAUAUCUGCUGCUAGUCAUGGGAAGGUGAUUCUAAUUAAUUCUUAGAUAUGCUCGAUGAGUUCAACACUGCGAAACCAGAAACGAAAGCACCAGCCCCAGCCUCCACAACAGCAACAACCUCCGGUCCUGGCAGGCCGUCCGUUGCAGAUGAUCCUCUUCUUGGCGGUGGAGAAGGACUAUCUGACGAUGAUUUCGCAAAGCAAUUACAAGCCGGUAUGGCGGAACUCAUGGGGGAACUCGAGACGUCGCCAGAAAUGCAAGCGCAGUUUGAGAGUAUGCUCAAGGAGAUGGGUGGGCUGGGAGAGACAGGACCAGCGCCUCCGCCACCAUCUGCGCCAAAACCCGGGUCUUCGAAGGACAAAGCAACUGCCGGAUCCGCUGGCGAGGAAUCGUUUCAGGAGACAAUCAAGAAGACGAUGGAAAGAAUGCAAGCUUCGGGUGAUCAGGCAACGGCUGCAGCUGCAGAGGAUAAUUCGGAUGAUUUACUCUCAGAGAUGAUGAAGGCUAUGGCUGGUGGAAUGGAUGGUGACGGCAGUGAGGAGGAUUUCUCGAAAAUGCUAUUGGGUAUGAUGGAGCAAUUGACUAAUAAGGAGAUAUUAUACGAGCCCAUGAAGGAAUUGGAUGAUAAAUUCCCGGCAUGGUUGGAGAAGAACUCUGCUAGUACGCCCGCGGAUGAUUUAAAGCGGUACAAGGAACAACAAGUUUUUGUGAGGGAGAUUGUGGCUAGAUUCGAGCAAAAGACGUACAAGGAUGAGAACACUACAGACCGCGAGUAUAUUGUGGAGAGGAUGCAAAAGGUAUGUACUCGGUGUCAUUCUAUAUCGCAGCGCGCUGCUGACUAUUCUACAGAUGCAAGCGGCGGGAUCACCACCUGCGGAUCUUGUUGGAGAUAUGGCUGCAGCCCAAGAAGCGUUCGGGGCGCCAGAAGAAGGUUGUCCAACACAAUGAAAGACCCAUAUCCCAAAAUCGUACCUUACGUGUAUAAACAAAUCGGUGACACCAUGAGCAAUAAUCCACAUGUCGAACACCAAAUAGUCUGAUCCAUUUGCCAUGUCAAA